GUGACCCGCACGUGUGUCUGUGGACAUGGAGCGGCUGGUGGUGUCAGAUGGAGCGGCGGCCGGCGGGGGGGACACCCGGCACACAGUGAGCCCCAAACGGAAGAUGGCCUUCAAUGGCUGUGAAGCCUGCGGACUGUCUGAAGCAAAGUACAGGUGUCCUCGGUGUCUGAGAUAUUCCUGCAGUCUCCAGUGUGUAAAACGGCACAAAAUGGAUUCUAGUUGUAAUGGAAUUCGAGACAAGACCGAAUUUGUUACAAUUGGGAAAUUUAACGAAAUGCACCUCCUUAGUGAUUAUCGCUUCUUGGAAGAUGCUGGAAGAUUGGUAGAUUGUGCAGCACGGGACCGGCUGUUACCUCGACAAACCAGUAAUAAAUUUCUGAAUUUCAUGAAGAAUCGGGCCCGAAAGCACUCCAUUGACCUGAAAAUCUUGCCUAUUGGUUUUGCAAAGCGGAAGAUGAACAGUACAUAUUUUCACAAGAAAGAACAGAGAUUUUACUGGCAUGUCAAGUUCCAGUUUCCACAGAGUGAAGCGGAAUACACUGAAAAAGGGGUACCGGACAAUAAAAGUCUUCAUAAAAUUCUAGAAAGAUACAUUGAUCCCACAGAGUCUGAUCCUGUCAUUCGCCAAAGGUUACAGAUUUACGUGUCGUCUCCAGGUGUAAAAGUGUUUAUGGUGUUAGAUCAGCAGAAGCUGGGUCUGGGCAGGUACGUUGAACUUGAUCUCCAAAAAAGUCUUCUGGACAAUCUGCAUAAUAAGACCGUGAUCGAGUUUCCAACACUCUGCGUGGUUUUAAAGGAUUUUGCUGGUGAUUUUGCGACAUGUGGUCAAGCUUCGAUUUGCUGAAGAUGAAUCUCUGACCCGAAGAAAGCUUGACAUUCUACUGUUUUAAUCUUACAAAUAUCUAGUGUGUUUUAUAAAAUCUCUCUAUCACCAAAACUGUGUUUCUUGUAAAUUCCAGUCAUAUGAGAUACGUGUGAUUUAUAAAUAGUAACCAUGUUACCACAGCUGUCAGUAUGCAUCCUGCACUGAGUUUCAAAACUAUGAUUGGCAGCUGUCACCAGUCUAUCUGAAAUAAAGAUUUUUGGAUCCCUUGUUAAUCAGUUCUCUCUGUUGCCAUCCACCAUUUAAAAAAAAACUAAAAAAUUGUUACCCUGGGACCAGCUUCAUUUAACGUUAUUUAUGGAUUGAUGAUCCCUCUGGGUCUUCUAUUUAGGUACCACCUUCUGCAAGUAUCUAAGAUGACGGCACCUGAAAACAGAAUACUCUACAGUAGUUGUCAGCUUUCUGGUUCUACAUAAGGAAAAAUCCCUACAUUUUGUUAUGUGUAGCUUAGGGGGGGUUGGGGGGGAACAUUUACAAAAAAAAUAUCACUGCAUGCAAGGGAGGAUUUUAGAUGUGACCUAUAGAUUGAAAAGUACUAAAUCGGCAGAUAUUUACAUUCUAGUUAGAACGGGCCCUCUCAGUGC